CACUGAUAAUGGGUACUGAUAGACAGCACUGAUAGGUGGCACUGACUGACAUCACUGCUGGGCACUGACUGGCACAACCGCUGGGCACUGACUGGUGGCACUGACUGGCAGCACUGCUGGGCUGCACUGAUGGGCACUGGUGGGUGGCACUGGUGGGCACAGGUGGGCGGCACAGGUGGGCACUGGUGGGUGCAUUGCUGGGCACAGGUGGGCGCACUGUUGGGCACAGGUGGGUGCAUUGCUGGGCACAGGUGGGCGCAUUGCUGGGCACAAGUGGGCGGAACUUGUGUGUGGCACAGGUGGGCACCGAUCAUCAGGGCACUGAUGAUCAGUGACCCUGAUGAUCGGUGCCGAUCCCUGUUCUGACAACUGCCGGUUUUCGGCAGUACUUUCCUCACGAUCUGACAGCGUGAGGAAAGUGCAGCCGAGAACCGGCAUUUGCAU